ACUACAUGUCAGCAGGCCACAUCAACCGACAGAGCAGGAAUACCACGUCAGCAAGCCCCCGUCAUGGACCAGAGGUCCGGAGAAGCAGACGAGGCCUAUCAGGCCCGGAUGCUGGCUUGGAGUACCGAAACAAAGAAACGGGCGGAUAACGCAGCAGCAAUUGCAAAGAAGAAGGCAGAGGACGCUGAGCAGGCACGUCUGCUAGCACUUGAACAACAGCACCAGCAUGACGAGGCAGCAGCAAGGGCGAUCGAUGAAGAAAGAAACCAACGUCGUGAGAAAAUAUUUAGCGGAGAGCAGACUUUGCUCACAAUGGCAGCGGAAUGGCGGACCGAGGCCGAGAAUGGCAAGUUGGAGGAUUGCGGCAACAAGAUCGCUCUCCUCCUCUUGCAUCUCACAGAACUCCUGGCAACCUGCAUUACACAGCAGGAGGAUAUCCACAGCCUCGACGACUCGCUAGCUCAAGUCCAAGCCUGCCUUCAGCAGUUGAAGCAGCGACCUGUUGCCGCCCCCGAUGCCAGCUCAUCCAACACAUCCGAUCGCCUCGAAGCAUUGGAGAUGGACGUCGGCUCCCUCAAGGAUGGCGUGCAAUUACAGCAGACUGCGACGCAACAAUUGGAACAACGGAUCCGUACUGCCGCCAACACCUCAAGUUCGGAACCGCGCGAGACAGCUCCAAAGUUUGACGGGCAUGAGAUCUUCUACGACUCAAUGAAGACAGAUCCGAUUCCAUGGUUCCGCAAGUUCGAGCUCACGCUGCAGCUACACAACGUCAAAGAACACAAGCACCACGCAUACUUGUACUCUCGCUCAGGGGGCGCAUGCCAGGCUUGGUUAAACAACCUUUUGUCCAAGUACGGAGUGGUAGCUGCCGACUUGCACACCACGAUCAGUUGGGAUGAUCUGAAGGCGACGUGGCACAAGCGGUUCCAAGUCGAGCCGCCGGAGAUCAAGGCUAUGGACAAGCUCAUGGUCUUCGAACAAGGCACGCUGCCGAGUACCGACUCGAUCGCCGAGUACCAACGCUUGACGUUGGGCACGUCCUGCAAUGCUUUGUUGGAUAGCGGCACGUCUCGCAAUUUCACGAGCCAAUCCUUUAUGCAAAGGGAUGGCCUUGGCGCACAAGUUCAGAGGAAGGCAAACCCGACGGCGAUCCAGUUGGCGGAUGGGAAAACGCAGCAACUUCUCGACCGUUACAUCGAGGUCGUACCGGUUUAUUUCGCACCUUAUGCAUGCGAACCGGUGACGUUUGAUAUUCUCGACACGGACUUCGACAUCAUUCUGGGAAUGCCUUGGCUUGCAAAUGCGGAUCACACUGUCAACUUCCACCGGCGGACGCUUAGCGUUCGCGACACCUUCGGUGCCGAAGUGGCGUGUACUAUUCGUCUACCACAUCCUUCGAUUUGGUGCCAAGUGGUGACGGCCAAAUCAUUCCGGGCGACUUGCGCUUACGAGCAGCUCGAGGAGAUCGGCCUAUGUUUCCUACGGACCGCCGCGGUAGCCGACGCUUCACCCAUGGACUUGUCUUCGGACCCCCAGGUGGUACGGUUGCUGGAAGAGUUCGCCGACAUCUUCGAGUCACCUACCGGUGUGGUGCCAGAUCGGCCGAUCUCUCACGAGAUCAUUCUUGAGGUCGGUGUCGUGUCGCCGAAAGGUUGCAUCUAUCGGAUGAGCAAGGAGGAGCUUGAGGUCCUCCCCACACAACUCGACGAUUUGUUGGCCAAGGGCUGGAUCCGCCCUAGUAGCUCCCCAUAUGGAGAACCGGUUCUCUUCGUCCGAAAGAAGAACAAGGAUCUACGAUUGUGUAUCGACUACGACGAUAUUCUCGUCUAUAGUCGGACUUUGGAGGAUCAUCUUGGGCAUCUUCGACGAGUGUUGGAGACGCUCUGCCGCGCCAAAUACAAGGCCAACCGCGACAAGUGCGAUUUUGUCCGGCAAGAGCUGGAAUACUUGGGCCAUUUUGUCACACCUGAGGGCAUCAGUCCGCUAUCGGACAAGAUUCAACCUCGGAACGUCACGGAUGUCCGUUCGUUCCUUGGCCUUGCCAACUACUACCAGCGUUUUAUCAAAAGCUACUCGAAGAUCGCAGCCCACUUGACCAAGCUUCAAUGCGAGGAUCGGCCGUUUGACUUCGGAGAGGAGGCGCGCGUCUCCACGGAUGCGUCCGGCUAUGGCAUUGCCGCUGUCCUCAAGCAACAUGAUGGUAUGGACUGGCACCUGGUCGAGUACUUUAGCAAGAAAGUGUCCGUCGUGCAUUCCAUUGACGAUGCACGCAAGAAGGAGCUCCCCGCCUUCGUCCACGCGCUCAAGCGGUGGCGGCACUUCCUCCUUGGUCGAAGCCAAUUUCGAUGGGUAACAGACAACAAUCCGUUGGUCUUCUAUAAGACCCAAGACACUGUCAACAACACCAUCGGUCGAUGGAUGGCUUUCAUCGACCAGUUCGACUUCUUUCCCGAUCACAUUCCUGGGAAGUCGAACCGUUUUGCGGAUGCUCUUUCAUGGCAUCUGGAUCAUUGUACCGCGGUCUACUCAACCUUUGGGAUCGACGAUGACCUGCGGAACAGCUUCAUCCGUGGCUGCCAAGCCGACCCCGAGUUUCGCGACAAGUACGCAAAUUGCUCCUCUCCUAAUCCGGCGCCUUCUCACUACCGGAUCCAAGAGGGGUACUUGCUUGUCCACACGUGGGGGAGGGACCUUCUUUGCGUACCGAGUGAUCCUCACUUGCGUACAUGGCUUCCUGGCGAGUUCCACGAUGCUCCUGCCACCGGACACUUUGGAGUCAAUCGCACGAUUGGCCGACUUCGCAAGCGAUUUUGGUGGCCCGACCUUCUCGGCGACGUCACGCGCUAUUGCGAGUCAUGCGAGGUUUGUCGACGCUGCAAAUCCCGCAACCAUCAUCCGUACGGCGAGUUACGACCAUUACCGGUCCCAUUGCGGCGAAGGGAAGCGAUUGCCAUGGACAUUACCAGCCCGUUCCCCAAGCACAAGACCGGAGUGGAUGGGAUUCUCACAGUGGUCGACCGACUCACCAAGUUCGCCAUGUUUUUGCCUUGUCGCUAUCAUGCCAAGGCACCAGAGUUGGCCGAGGUUCUCUACGCCGGUUGGAUUCGAACCAAGGGUUACCCCAAGGAAAUCGUCUGCGACCGCGACACUCGGUUCAUGUCCGAUUUUUGGUUGGCGCUCAUCAAGCGAUGGGGCUCAUCUUUCAAGCCCAGUUGAGCUCGCCACCCUCAGUCCGAUGGCCAAACGGAGA